CCUUGUGUGUGCAACAUGCGCGUGCUCAGAGCACAAGGCUAGAAGAUUCGUUUACUUUAACCUUGGCGGAUCUCUACGUGUGCAUGGUGUUUUUGUGUCUUUGUGUUGAUACGGACAUAACUUUGAAGGGACCUGCAUCGGGUAGAUGGGUUGGGUGUUGCUGGAAGUGUAGGGAGUGUGUGAGAAAAUCUGGCUGAACUCUACCUUGAACAUUCCACGUAGAAGUCACAAUGGACUUCAAACUGGCGUCUGCUUGUUUGUCGCUGGUUGUAUUCACAGUACUUUCACUAGGGAUGACGGCCGAAGUGAAAGACGUGCAGGAGGCGUUUACCAACAACGAUGAGGUAUUCCUGGUGGGGAACGUGCGCACCCCGCGUAACACCCGACGCAAGUUUGUCAUGGUUCAGGCACAGAGCCCUUCUGCUCGCGGCCGCUUUGAAGUGUCCGUCGAUUUCCGGCAACCACAGGUCAUCGUGACCUUGACUGACCAGGAUGGGCGUAGGUACCAGUUGGGUUUCCCAACCCGAGCCCUCCACACCGGGAAACGCACGCGCCUUCUACUGGUAUUCUCCAACCUGAGCCAGCCUUACAACAGUGUUAGCCUCUUUGUCGACUGCAUGGACAUGGGUGUGGAUCAGACAGAGAUUCCUCUACGAAGGAUCUUCGCCAAUGAUGACAUGAAAAUGCGCAUGACGACAGCCUUCAAGUGGCACGCCGGGGUCCCCGUGAAAGAGGUUCUCAAAACGAUGGGUUGUCCGGACGGCAGCAUCAAGGUAGAAGCUACAACCGUUCCUCCCACCAUCGAGGUGCCCAACUGGUCUACCGGGGGUCUCAUCGCUGCCCGUCGACCCCUAGUCGAUAACCGUAGACCUCUAGUCGACAGGCGCCCUCAAGUGGGCACGGACAGGAUUUCAGUGGACAGGGGUCAGCCUACAACCGGCAGAGACCGCACGGAUAGUAGGGUGCCGCUUGUACGUCCUGGUAUCACGCCAGCUCCCCGCCAAGAUCGGGUUCAGCCAAAGCCAGGCAUUCGACCUACCCCAUCUACUUCUGCUAGAGACCGUGCAGGGAAUGAGCGCCCCUCAUACUCAAUGGCUGACGUGGCGCUCCGUGAGUUGACCCGAGCAGUCAUGGAGAUGAGGCAACAGCUGCAGUCUCAGACCCAAGAAACGAGGGCCCUGAGGGAAGUCAUGGCGUCAUGCCAUAUGUGCAGAAACCCCAACACCCAGCGACCCCAGAGAACUCGCUGCUCCUCCCACCCGUGCUUCCCCGGGGUGCGCUGCGUGGACACGGAGGACGGUUUCCGGUGUGGGGCCUGUCCAGUCGGCUACUCCGGGAAUGGUAUCGAGUGCCGGAGACACACGACCUGCUCGGACAGACCUUGCUUCCGAGGCGUGCGGUGUCAGGACACAGAGCGAGGCUACCGCUGCGGUCCCUGCCCGCCAGGUUACGUGGGCGACGGCUCACGGUCCGGCUGCCAGCCAGAGCGGAUCACGUGUGCCAGCCGGCCUUGCUUCCCUGGAGUGGUCUGUGAGGACACCAACAACGGCUUCACGUGCGGUGCGUGUCCAACUGGCUACACCGGGAACGGAACCUACUGCGAGGAUCUCAAUGAGUGCCAACUGAGCCGGCCAUGUGACCGCCUGGCCACGUGCGAGAACCUCACUCCUGGCUUCACGUGCAGCGCGUGUCCUCCUGGAUACUCGAGCCCUCCAGUCCAAGGAUUGGGCAUCGAGGUCGCACAGAGAGUCAAGCAGGUGUGCACUGACAUCAACGAAUGUGAAGAUGGACAAAAUGGUGGCUGUGUAGAGAAUUCCGUGUGCAUUAACACACCGGGAUCCCGUGUUUGCGGAGCGUGCAUUGAAGGCUACACCGGAGACCAGGAAACAGGCUGUAGACCCGCGGCCAACACAUGUCCUGACGGGACUCAGUGCAACGUCAACGCCAAGUGCACCCGUAGACGAGGAUUCAAGGGGUUCUUGUGUCAGUGUUCUAUCGGCUAUGCUGGUGACGGUGAGAUGUGUACCAGAGACACUGACCUGGACGGACUGCCAGACCUGGAACUUCCCUGUGAGGACCGGCGCUGUAGACAGGACAACUGCGUGAGAGUGCCAAACAGUGGUCAGGAGGACGCGGACGGGGAUGGCUUAGGAGAUGCCUGUGAUGACGAUAUGGACAAUGACGGUAUUGUGAACAAUCCCGACAACUGUCCCCUGGUCUCGAACCCUGACCAAGUGGACACAGAGCGAGACCCAGACAAACGAGGAGACGCAUGCGACAACUGCCCAACGGUACCUAACCCUGACCAGACCGACACGGAUUUGGACGGAGAGGGAGAUAUUUGUGACCCCGACAAGGACAAUGAUGGUAUUCCAAACAGACAGGAUAACUGUGAACUGGUUCCGAACCCGGACCAAAAGGACACCGAUAACGAUGAUGUUGGAGACGCCUGUGAUAACUGCAUAACCGUUCCCAACCCAGAUCAGAAAGACAGUGACCAUGACCUGGUUGGCGAUAUCUGCGAUACCAAUAACGACGCGGACAGGGACGGUGUACAGGACAACUACGACAACUGCGCUCAGACAGCCAACGCUGACCAACAGGACACUGACAAAGACGGCCUAGGCGAUGUUUGUGACGACGAUGACGAUAACGAUGGCAUCCUGGAUCCAAUGGACAACUGCCCUCUGGUCAUCAACCCAGACCAGCUCGAUGAGAAUGCUAACGGAAAAGGCGAUAUCUGCGAAGAAGACACUGACGGAGAUGGGUUCCCAGACACCAUCGACGUGUGCCCAGACAACGGCCAAAUCUACGCCACAGAUUUCCGCGCUUAUCAGACAGUGAUCCUGGACCCCUUGGGAGACGCGCAGAUUGACCCCAACUGGAUUAUCCUCAAUGAUGGUGCUGAGAUUGUGCAGACCAUGAACAGUGACCCUGGGCUGGCUGUCAGUUAUAACUCAUUCUCUGGAGUCGACUUUAGCGGCACGUUCUUCGUGAACACCGAGGUGGACGACGAUUACGCUGGCUUCGUCUUCUCUUAUCAGGACAGCUCCAAGUUCUACACUGUCAUGUGGAAAAAAGUUCCCCAGACAUACUGGCAGGCAACGCCUUUCAGGGCCGUGGCAGAGCCAGGCAUUCAGCUGAAACUGGUCAACUCCAAUACUGGACCUGGACAGAUUUUGCGUAAUUCUCUCUGGCACACUGGAGACACUGACAAUCAGGUAAAACUUCUAUGGAAGGAUCCUAGGAAUGUAGGCUGGAAGGAAAAGACAGCCUAUCGUUGGGAGCUCAUUCACAGACCUGCUAGAGGCCUCAUCAGAGUUCUUCUGUUUGAAGAGACAGAGCUUGUGGCUGACACUGGAAACAUCUACGAUAACACCCUAAAGGGGGGCCGUCUCGGAGUCUUUUGCUUCUCGCAAGAGAUGAUUAUUUGGUCCGACCUGGUUUAUCGAUGUAACGAAUACAUUCCCAGGGGUUUAUUGGAAGGCGAGGAGGACUACGAGAACACCACAGAUGGUGAUUACCUGUAUUACGAUUACUAAGCUGAAUCACUUGGACUUUUUAUAUAUCACUAUUACAACUUUACUACUCUACACAAAAUAUUGUAUUAAAAACCCAGAUGAAUUGUUUCGUUGAUAAUACAAUAACGUUUCUCUUUUAUACAAUGAGUGCCGCUAAUAUCUUGUUUUAUACCUGGUCUCAUCCAAUGUGUCGUUUGCUGUACCAUUAAAUUGGUUUUUAUUAUGUUUGGCAUAAUAUAAAUGAUUUACCAUGUAUUUCAUAACCAGUUACUUGUAAUCAUGGUACUAACUCAUAACUACUGAUGAACCAAAGAUACAUUUUUGUGAGCUUGCAUGUCCAUCAUUCUGUAUUCUUUUCAUUUUUUUUUUCAUUCAUCUGUACAAAUAAAUUGAAGUAAUCUUGUUCCUUAACAA